AGGUGUUUGGCUCCAACAGGUGACCCCUUUUGUGCCUUGCUGUAGCUCGUUCGCUACCUGAACAACCAUGUUGCGAGCCAUCCUUCUCACGGCCCUCUUCGGCGCCGCCAUGGCCUUCGUGGCGCCGAACGUGGGAACCGACGCACGCACCGCACGACCGAGCCAGGCGAGUGCCAGCUUCGGUGCAGUGCCCGCCAGCAGCGAGGCCAGCACGACGUGCUCCUCCCUGUUUUUGGGCGUCAGCGUGGGCUACGCCGCCGCCGCGGUGGGCGCAGCCAUGCGCCAGGGCCGCACGGCACGGAUGGCCGAGAAGGCUGCAGUGGCCAGGACCCCAGUGGCCUACCCCAUCUUCACCUUCCGUUGGUUGGCCGUCCAUGCCUUGGUGAUUCCCACCGUCUUCUUCCUUGGCGCGAUCAGCUCCAUGCAGUUCAUCCAGCGCUGAGUGUGGAACGACACAGACCCGGAAUUUUUCGGCGAAGGAAAGGGGCUGAGGGAGAAUAGAAAGCGUGGGGUACUCGUAGACUACGAGGGACACAACAGGGAAAUCCGUGAGAAAAAGUCGAUAAGGCGGCUAUUUGUUGAAGUCC